GGACAAGAGGAGCGUGUGAGAUGUGUUGUGUGGCGUAUGACAACGAUAAUCUUCACUCUUCUUUAAAAUCCCCAGAUCCAAGAUUACAAUACUUAUUUAUGUGAUUUACCUUAACUUGCUAUUCCAAAUUAUCGCACUUUUCAAGUGUUUGCUCGCCGCAUGUGUCCGAGUGUUGAAGUUUGUUGUGAACUUGUACAAAGUCUCAGGGGAUGACACAUGCUAAACUCUAAAGAUAUGAAAUCAUAUAAAAUUCAAUCUGAAUAAUGAUUUUUUACUUCAAUUUAAUGAAGUAAAUAUGGAGAAUAUGUUCAGGAAAAUCGUGUUAGUUUCUUUAGUUUGCUGCUGUGUUUAUGAUUUCAGAGUAUUCAGUCGAUGCGUCAAUUCGCCCCACUUUGUUAGCCCAUGGACAGAGGUUGAGGCCCAGACACAGAAAUCCUCCGUCACCCUGGAACACGAGUGCGGUGAAUUUCCCGCCAAAGUUGAGCUGCAGAUCCGACCAUCUUCCGGUAACUGGACCAAUUUCUACUUUCCUGGGAUCGGAUCGUCACAGAGGGAUGAUGACAUCAACAGAACUUACGGCGGCAUCGUGUAUAAAUAUAACAAAGAUGAAGUUAUCCUGUUCAUACCGAAGGCUAAAGAUGGAUAUCCCUCGGGGACUAUAAUAUACACAGGCGGUUCCUCUUGGCGUGGCCCCGUAUAUCAGAAUGCAAGGCGUGCAAGCGUUCGAGCUCUAGUCUGGUGCCCAAGUGAUUUUCCCGAUCCAACGUAUGAAUCCAAUUGGAUUUCCCUCUCUAAUUCAGUGAGCGGUUCUUUUUUGGAAAUUGCCCACAACCAAGGGACCAUACCAGAUCUAGUCACGGUCCAAAUACAACAAAGCGGUACAGAAUGGCUAUCGGACGGGAUAGGUUCCAUGACCGCUCUUGACCCCAACACAAGCUCCUGGGGAGGCGUCAUAUAUGGAUACAACACAAGUCAUGUCAGAAUAUGGGCGCCUUCCAGUAAAAACGGUAAACUUUUCUCUGCUGAUGAUGGUUGGGGUUCUGCAAGUGAGUCUUGGUCACGUGGUCUGAUUAAAAUUAAAGCAUGGCGGAUAACAAAUAUGUUUACAUUAACAUAUGCACUGAAUCAAAACAGCAAAUCACAGAUUUCACUGAAUACAACCUAUAAUCAAGCUACCGACAUCCUGAUUGUCAGAAUUCAAGCGGAUACUGGUUACAAUAGCGGUUUUAUGUUCCCAGCUUCUGGAGCUGUUCAGAAUGACGAAACGGUGUCAUCGUUUGGGGGUGUCGUUUACUCUGCUUCCAGUGAUACACUCAGGAUUUGGACACCUGUGUCCCCAGGGCCGGGGUACCUGCUCUACAUCAGCAAUGAAUGGGGGAAUACAUUGUACCCACAGACAUCCACGACAGCAACCCUGGUGGUCCAUGUUUGGAAAUCGACCACUUGUUCAAUUCCAACGACACUUGUUCCAAAAAUCAAAAAAACGACCCCACCUGUUCAAUCCUCCGCCGAUCCAAAUUCUUCAAAACGACAAACAUCAAAAGAAGACAAGGAUUCUUUAUCCUCAAAAGUAGCACCCAUUGUUGUGCCAGCAGUUAUUGGUGGGGUUGGUUUGCUAUUACUAAUCGCCGGACUCAUCAUUGCUAGAGUUUUGUGGAAAAGGAAAAGCAAAAACCGCGUGGAAGAAGAAAAACAAGAACAACAAUGAAAUGGGACAUAAUUGUCACCGUUAAUUUCAUGAUAUUAUAUUUAUUGAAUUUAUAUCAAAGUAACUCUCUGAAUAAAAUGUCACAUUGAGUGA